CGUUCUCGACCGACACAUCACUAAACUCCAGUAAGUGAAGCAGCGAUGAUGUUGUGGUUAUCCACGCCGCCGAGGACGACGCCUCUUCUGGGUGUUAUCUUGUAGAGAGAGAAGACAGACGUGGAGGAGAGAGCAGCUCUCCACGCAUGGAGUUGAGCUCGGACCCUGCUGUGGCGGCAACACUGGUGGAGAUGUCGCAGGUGAAAAGCAAAGAGGACGAUGAGAGUGAAGGUGACGGCGACUACUACGAGAGUCUGCCACCUCAUGUCUCCGUGAUGACCCACAUGACAGCCGGAGCAGUGGCUGGCAUCCUGGAGCACACCGUGAUGUACCCGGUGGACUCUGUCAAGACCAGGAUGCAGAGCCUGCAGCCAGACCCAAAUGCACAGUACAGGAGUGUGUAUCAGGCUCUGAAAAGGAUCAUCCAGACAGAGGGGAUGCUCAGACCGCUGAGGGGCCUCAACAUCACCAUGAUGGGAGCGGGACCUGCGCAUGCUCUCUACUUUGCCUGCUAUGAACGGGUCAAAUGCUCACUGAGUGACGUCAUUCAGAGCGGAGGCAACAGCCAUUUAGCCAAUGGCGUGGCAGGUAGUGUGGCCACUGUUCUCCACGAUGCAGUCAUGAACCCAGCUGAAGUGAUAAAGCAGAGGAUGCAAAUGUACAACUCGCCAUAUCGAGGGCUUUUGGACUGUCUUCAAACAGUGACACGUACUGAGGGUGUAGGAGCCUUCUACCGCAGCUACAGCACACAGCUGACCAUGAACAUCCCCUUCCAGGCGGUUCACUUCAUCAUCUACGAGCUGAUGCAGGAACAGUUAAACCCCCACAGACAUUACCACCCCGGCAGCCACAUAGUGUCGGGAGCAGCGGCAGGAGCCAUUUCCGCAGCAAUAACCACUCCGCUCGACGUGUGCAAAACUCUGCUCAACACACAAGAGAAUGUAGCGCUCAACUCCAUGAAAAUCAGCGGCCACUUGUCGGGAAUGGCUAACGCCUUCAGGACGGUGUACCGGCUCGGUGGUCUGGCGGCCUUCUUCAAAGGGGCCCGAGCUCGGGUUAUAUACCAGAUGCCGUCCACUGCCAUUGCUUGGUCUGUGUACGAGUUCUUCAAGUACUUCCUGACAAAGCAGCACCUGGAACAGGAAGCACGACCUGGACCGAUGUAAUGGAAAGUAUGUCGGAGCAAACCACACCUAGACUGGAACUGAUGGAAGAAGACGCCAACCUGAAGCUGUGUGAGCUCACUGGGUGCUGUUUGAGGAAGUUAUUGUCUCACAGGGAAGUCGGCGUGGCGAAGGAGUGGCACAGAGUGGCUCUCCUUAUCUUUCACUUACCUGAAUCUUUUUUUCAAGUUAAGAUGACGUUGCACAACCAGGAUUAUGCAACAGAGGUUCUUAAAAGGACAGAUACGCACAUGGAAGAGUCAUCUUCUUCCUCCUCCUCCUCCUCCUCCAAUCCACAAACACAUCAACUCUCCAAACUCUCUUUUUCUACACGUGGAGACCGUAUGAUUAAGUUGUCUUGAAUGAUGUUUAUAGCUCUUAAUAUUGGAACUUUUUAUUUAUUUUAUUAGCUUUCAGAGGCUUGUAUUUUACGGAUGCGGAAGAAACACAAUGCUUUUUUGUUUGUUUAUUUCAUUGUGUAUUUAUAUAAAAUAAAAAAAACAUUACAACACAUUCCUCAUUUUCACUCCACGGCGAACGGAAGAGUUGCGCUUUCCAAGUGCCUCAUAAAAUAUUAAACGCUGCUUUACCUCUUUUUCUCUUUUGCCCCUCUGGUUUUUGAUAGUGAAAGUCUUCUAUUUCUAUAUUUCAUUUUUCUUUGGUCCAAGUUCCAGCAAAGAAGUGUACUAUUCUGUUAUAAGAUUACAUUUUAUAGUGGCUCUUUAUCUCAUAACUGGUCAAAGCUGAACUUGAUAAACUUUUUUUUUUUUUUUCAAUUAUUAUCUCUGCAUCAAAUAGUCAAAUGCCAGUCUGCAGCAAUUUUAUUUUUUUGUUACAGUUUUUUGUUUUUGUUUUAAGCGCACAACACCAUGUUUUCCCCCUGAGAGACCCUUUUUCUCUCUCAGUAUCACGACGUGUAGGCCGUAAUGGUUCACUUAUAUGCCUUUUUAAAGCAAACGAUGCUCCUGAAUCAUGCACCAUAAUAGUCUCAUUUAAAGAAUCAUGUCUGUUGCAGAAAGAAGGCAGCUUGUUUAUAUGUAUUCAAAAACAUGAAUAUGUAUUUUGAGGGUGACUAUUCCUGAGAAACGUUAUUAUGCAGGUCCAAAGGUGGAUCAAAUAAGGCUGUUACCUGGGGUGGUGGCCAUGUCUCAACCUUCACGUGCAUUUGCACUGGUGUGAUGUUUAGCUUUUGAGUGGCCUGUUUUGUUUACGUGUCAUAUUGAACCUAAAAGUUGUAGAUUGUAUAUAAGAUAUUUUCAGGGUAUAGACUGAAACUUAAAGUGCAGACUUUCUGUGAUCCACAUCCUAACUUUUGUCUGAUUUGUUUUUAAACUGAGUGCACUCUUUGUUACUAUGAGUCCAGACAGUAAAAGCCUGAUCAAAUCAGCUGGUUAUCUAUCAAGCAUCCUGUUUUAGUUUGUAGUUUCACAUUUCCUGUGUGCUCACUGCUCUCGCCAACCUCUUGACUAUUUUCCAUUCGGUAGUGAAGACAUUCCUCCAGAUAUUGAUGUAAUCCAGCAAGAUUUAUUUGUUUUUAAUUAUGGAGUUUUUCAUUCCUUUGGUAAAGUUCAGAGAGUUCGUCAGAUUCCAGUGGUCUCACAAAAACCCUUUCAGCAUCAGAUGCAUUGUGCUUGUACAGUAGGGUAAUUGUUAAUAUACCAAAGACAUGCAUUGUAUUCUAUGCAUCUUAACCUGUAAUUACGAUGCUAUUUGCCUGCCUGCUGUGAAUUUUCAUGCCACCUUUCUGCCCCGGAAUUAUUUUCUGUAUGUGUCGGAAAACUUUUCCGCCUCAGCGUUUUCAUCUUCCCCUUCAAAAAGUUUACUACUAAAGUACUUGAGAAAAAGCAGUUAAAAGUGAAGGUUUUCUAUAUGAAAAUUACAUGGUGACCUACUUUUUAUUGACUGAUCAGUCUUUUUAGACUAUAUAAACUACUUGUUUUGAAUAAAGUUGCACAAGUGAUAUGGAUCGCACAUGAAUGGAUAAGAUGUUUUCUCUGCUUGAAAUUUAAAAGUGGCUUAAUUAGCAUAGAUUCAUGAUGUUUUAUUCUAAUCUAUUUGUAAUCAUAAUGUUGCCCACAUUGUGUCAGUUCUUUUUUUCCAUUGGAUCCAACUCCACUCCUCUGACUUUGAAUCAUACGAUAAACGAAAGUGAAAUGAAGCCAGUCAGUUUUUGAUUACUUGCAUUAUACUUCCAGUCAAUCAUUCCUUUGAGGUGUGAGGGUAAUUCCCAGAACUGUGUUGCAACACCUGAACACCUGUGUCCAAGUACCUUUAACGUGUCAAAGUGGUGUUUCUAGUAGAUGCUUACAUUUUAAAGGAGAGACGAGAGCUGAUAUUCUAUGUGGGGAUUUCCAUAAUGUAAAUAGUUUUAAGCUAAGUACGCACAAAUGAUUGAAAUGGGAGUUGGGAUGAUUUUUGACAGAGCGCCAUCUCCACAACAGGAAUGCGUGGAAGUAUGACCAUGCAAACAUGAAAUGAUUGUGAUAACGCUGCUACAGUAUGUAACACUGGAGCUGAAUAAACAUGCAAGUGAGGAA